AUGCUACAGUAUCUUGAUCUUGGAGAAAAUCAAAUCAAAGACAUUUUUCCAUCUUGGUUGGGGGUUCUUCAGAAGUUGAAAGUUCUCAUUUUACGUUCCAAUGGAUUUCAUGGUACAAUAGGGGCUCCAAAAUCUGAUUUUGUGUUUCCGGGGUUGCACAUUAUUGAUCUCUCGAACAAUGAGUUUACUGGUUUAUUGCCUUCGAAGUACUUCAAAACAUGGAAUGCAAUGAGAAAUCUCAAUGUGGAGUCCUGGACAUAUAUGCACUCCGUUGGCAUUGCGUUUGCUGUUGAGUACAAUUACAGAUACCGCAGUGUGUAUAAUUACUCGCUGACAUUGACCAACAAAGGUGUAAAUAUGAAGUUUACCCAAGUCUCGGAAGUGUUUAUUGUUAUUGAUCUUUCAUCUAACAGAUUCCAAGGAGAAAUUCCAGAGUCAAUUGGGAAUGUAGAUGGGCUUCAACUGCUCAACCUCUCCAAUAACCUUCUUGUUGGUCAAAUCCCACCAGCCAUAGGAUCACUGUCAAACCUUGAAGCAUUGGAUCUUUCUCGGAACAAAUUGGUGGGAAGAAUCCCUUGGCAACUAAAACAGCUAAAUUUCCUUGCAGUCUUCAACGUAUCCCACAACAACCUGACAGGGCCAAUACCACAAGGUGGACAGUUUAAUACGUUUGACAAUAGUUCAUUUGAUGGGAAUUUGGGAUUGUGUGGAAACCCAUUGUCGAAAAAAUGUGAAGAUUCUGAGACCUCAUCAUCGUCACCUCCAUCAUCAACCAGCUCGGAAGAAAAUGAAGACUUGGUGUCAUUUUUCCAUUUUGGUUGGAGAGCAGUGCUGAUGGGGUAUGGCUUUGGAAUGGCAAUUGGAGUGAUCAUAGGGCAGAUCACAGUCACGAGAAAACAUGAUUGGUUCAUAAAGAUUUUUGGACAUCAGCGAUGGAGAAAGCCUAUCAAAAGCCUAGCAAAUUGGUAA